CCUUGACUGUUUCGACUGCAAGAAGAUAGUGCACGUGGGAUACCCUACACCGGGUUCGCUGAAGUAGCGACCCUGGGUGAUCCUUGGGACGGGCAGGAUGUUGGGACCCGUGGCGGGGCAUCCUGUGCGGCUGACACUCUCAGCCUUGGCCAGCCCUGGUCGCUUUUGCAUUUUUGGGUCUGGAACGGUGACGCGGAAAGACUUGCCGAUGGUUUCUAGCAGGGCCUUGUCUGACUCCCUCCCUCAGCCGUUGCUCUGUCCAGAUUUCGGGGAGCCGUCGUCGUGCUUGCCGAAGUGCCGCUUGGAUUCCAAGCGCUACGUAACCAGUCGGAAAUUGGCUAAGACCUUGGCAGGGAUCCUUCAGAGGCAACGAAAAAAAGCUUGCAAGCUAUUCCUGGAGUGCAAUCCAGGUCCUGGAAUCCUAACUCAAGCAUUACUUGAAACUGGUGCCAGAGUGAUUGCCCUUGAAAGCGACAAAACUUUUAUUCCACAUUUGGAGUCCCUAGGAAAAAAUCUGAAUGGACGACUAGAAGUGGUCCACUGUGAUUUCUUUAAACUGGACACUAAAAGUGGUGGUCUACUAAGAUCACCCUCUAUGAUUUCACAGAUGCUUUUUCAAAAUUUGGGAAUAGAAGCACGUCCUUGGUCAGCAGGUGUCCCCUUAAAAGUAAUUGGAGUCUUCCCAUUUAAAAGUGAAAGAAAGGCACUUUGGAAACUUUUAUAUGACCUGUAUUCCUGUACUUCUAUAUAUAGAUAUGGACGAGUAGAACUAUAUAUGUUUAUUAGUGAAAAAGAAUAUCAGAAACUAACGGCAAAUCCCAGAAAGGCAAGCUUGUAUCAAGCAUUAAGUGUGCUCUGGCAAGUAGCUUGUAACAUUAAGCUUCUGCACGUGGAGCCUUGGUCGUCAUUUGAUGUUUACACCCAAAGUGGACAAUUGGAAAAGCCAAAUCCCAGGGAAUCAGAACUAAUACAACAAAACUUGUAUUUUAUUCAAAUGACUCCUCGUAAAAAUCUAUUUACAGAAAACUUAACACCUAUUAACUAUGACGUGUUUUUUCACAUGUUAAAGCAGUGUUUUGGGAAGCGCAAUGCCAAGCUAAUAGACCAUUUAAGUUCUUUGAGUGCAGUUGAUGCAAUGGAUGUAUUGACUCAAGCAAAAAAAAAUGACAAAGUGAAAAUAACCAAUUUGUACCCUCAGGACUUUAAGAAUCUUUUUGAAAUUAUAGAGUAUUCCAAAGAUUAUACCUAUAAAUGGGUAUGUAAUGAUAUCAUGGAAGAACAGAAUCAUAUAGGGAAAUAGAAUGCCACCACAUUAGUUGGAGCAAUUCAUUUGGAAAUUAUGACACAAAAAGAAGUAAGUUUGAAAAGCUCAUGUCUUUUCAACAUAAAAUAACUUUCUGUUUUGCAUAGACUGGACAGAUGAUUUCUUCUGAAGCUGAUACCAUUUGAUAUUGGAUUGAACAAUGGCUGCUAUUUUAUUCACAACUGAAUAAAUAAAAAUUUCAGUAAAUUGUGGAUUUGAUCAGAUUUAAUUCAUUUUAAGUUUUCUUGGAAUACCUACCCUGCAACUACCAAAUCUGGUUUGUCUUACUAUUAUUCAGUCUUCCUUCUCACUGUUUCCUCCCUGGUUUUUACUCUUUAUACUGUAACCUAGAUUUCUCCUGAAGCUUCUUUUCCUCCCUUCCAUCUUCCAAUCCAUCUUGUAUAUCUCUGCCCUAUUAAUCUUUCUAAAACAUCUACUUUGCUAUAGAUUCUUGAUCAAAAACUGUUAGUGCUAAGGGUUAGGAGACCUCUAAACCUUGGUUUCUAAAAGGGUAAUAAACAUCUGUCAUAGGAUUACUGUCAGAAGGAGUAAAUGAUUUAACAGAAGAAAGAGCUUAGAAGAGAAAGUGGAAGAGAAAUAGCUAUUUUA